AUGGUGGUCAAGAAUUCAGAAUACUACAAGAAUAAAAUGUUGUUAGUGAAACAGAAAGAAGCAGAUAAGGCAUUAAUGAUAGAAGAAGAUCACUGGUUGAACCUCUCUGACGAUGAUGAAAAGGUGGAAGCUCAAGCAAAUAUCUGCUUCAUGGCGAGAGAACAAGAGAAAUAUGAUUCUAACAAUGACGAUCAUGGCUCAUGUUAUUCUGAGUCUGCAUUUGAGUUCGCCCCUUCUUCCGCCCCUUCUUCUUCUUCCGCUUCAUCCGCCCCUUCUUCUGCUUCCGCCCCUUCUUCCGCUUCCGCUGCUUCUUCCGCUUCCUCCUCUUCCUCCGCUUCCUCCGCUUCCUCCUCUUCCGCCGCUUCCGUCGCUUCCUCCGCUUCCUCCGCUUCCUCUGCUUCCGCCUCUUCCUCCUCCUUCGCUGCUUCCGCCUCUUCCGCUUCCUCUGCUUCCGCCUCUUCCUCCGCUUCCGCCUCUUCCGCCGCUUCCGCCGCUUCCGCCGCUUCCGCCUCUUCCUCCUCUUCCUCCUAUUCCGCCGCUUCCGCCGCUUCCUCCGCUUCCGCCUCUUCCUUCGCUUCCUCCGCUUCCUCCUCUUCCGUCGCUUCCGCCGCUUCCUCCUCUUCCUCCGCUUCCUCCGCUUCCUCCUCUUCCGCCGCUCCCGCCUCUUCCUCCGCUUCCUCCUUUUCCUCCUCUUCCUCUGCUUCCGCCGCUUCCUCCGCUUCCUCCGCUUCCUCCGCUUCCGCCGCUUCUUCUCUCUCCUUUUCCUCCUCUUCCUCCGCUUCCGCCGCUUCCUCCGCUUCCGCCUCUUCUUCUCCUCCUUCUCCU